AUGGAGACGGAAUCCGUGCAGAGGAUCAUCGACAUCCUCUUCCCGUCACGCGCCUCGUUGGAAACCCAAAUAUUUCCGGCGGGUGAGGAAUUCCCUCCGUUCACCAUCGAGGAAGUGAACAGGGCGGUACAUAGAGCCCAGCGAAAAGCCACCGCCGUGGGUCCCGACAAUAUAACGGGACGAAUAUUGAGCACGGUCCACCUACUCUGUCCGUCCAUGCUGAUUGGCUUGUAUAACCAGUGUGUUAGAGAUAUAGCCGUACCAGUUGGAUGA